UCCUCUGUGAUCUAAGCGACCCCCACUCGUGGCGGGUGCUUGUUCACAUGAAGUGCUCCGCUGCUCCGCACUUCGUGCGAGGACGCGCGGCUGAGGCGCACCGCCACUCGGGACAGCAGCCGGCGAGGAUGCGUGGCAGCAGGAGCUGAUCCUUCUUCACUUCAUCCCUCUCUCUCUCUCUCUCUUAUUCUUCCUGGAAGCAAACAUGCGGGUUUUUAGUCACAGUCUGCUCCUUUGCGCGCUCCUGACCUCCGUUUACGCAGCAUCGGCGGCGUCCUCCUCCUCCUCCUCCUGUCCUCCGGGCUGCGAGUGCUCCGAGGCGGCGCACACGGUGAAGUGUGUGGCCAAAGACCUGCGGAGCGUCCCGGUUGGGAUCCCCGUAUACACUCGGAACCUUUUCAUAACGGGGAACCAGAUCACGCGCAUCGGUCCGCAGUCCUUUAAAGGCUUGGAUAACGUGACCAACCUUUCUCUCAGUAACAACAGGAUCUCGGAGAUGGAGUCGCACACCUUCUCUGGCCUCCAAAGUCUGCGCUCUCUGGACCUGAGCAACAACCAGCUGGCGGUGAUCCACCCAGAAGUCUUCGCCGUGGUCAACAAAUCCCUACGCGAGCUCAACCUGAGCCAAGCCCUGUACAACCACUCCUCUGUGAUGGAUCUGGCCACGGCGCUGCGCUGGAGCUUGCUGGGGACGCUACGCGGUCUGGACCUGUCCCACAACAGCCUCAUCUAUCUGCCCCCGCACAUCUUCUCCCACCUGCGCGGCCUACGGCGCCUGCUGCUGGCCAACAACUCCCUGGUGGCCAUCCACAACGCCACGCUGGCUGGACUGGAGGAGCUGCAGGAGCUGGAUUUGACCCUCAACUCGCUGAAAUAUGUGCCCGAGGAGGGCUUGCGGGAGCUGGACUCGCUUCCUGAGGCGGAGCUUCUUCUCGGGGAGAACCCCUUCACGUGUACAUGCGGGAUAGAACCUUUCGUCCAGUGGCUCAACCGCUCGCAGGGUCGCAUUAGAGACGCCAGCGAGUUGGUGUGCGCCUUUCCCGUCGCCAUGCGGAACACCUCCAUGCUCUCUGUGGGCGCGUUUGGCACUCUGGGGUGCCGCCAGAGGGGAGCAGGGGCAGACUUAGCCCUGCAGACCUCCUACGUCUUCUUGGGCAUCGUGCUGGGCUUCGUGGGCCUCAUUUUCCUCUUUGUGCUUUAUCUGAACCGCAGGGGCAUCAAGAAGCGCAUCUAUGACAUGCGCGACGCCUGCAGGGAGGUGUGGGAAGGUUACCAUUACCGCUUCGAGAUCGACUCGGACCCCAGGUUGUCCCGAGUGUCCUCCAGCGCAGACAUGUAAAAACCUGAACAUUUUAGCAAGGAAACGUGUAAAAAACAAAACACAUGUACAGAUUUGUCUGUAAAUAAUUGUGUUAAUAUGACAGUAUUGUUGCCUGGCUUGGCAAAAGUCUGCAGUGCUCGACUUCCACUGUUACAUAACUUUAAUGUACGACUUUAUGAGCGGAGCUCACAGUUUCCUGUCUUCCUUACAAGACCGACAGCAAGUGCCUCAAGUCAUGUUACUCAAAUAAGCAGAACAAUCCAUGACCUGCACCAUCCAAUCACAUCCGAUACAAGAGCUGUAUCAAAGAUAGUACAACAGAGAGUUGUAUUAUCUGUUGUUUCAGCAAUGCUAUUUGUUUAAUUUGAUUUCAAAGUUAUCCUAAAACACACUUUCCUUAAUAUGUUGUGCCAUCUAAAAUGAUACAAAAUACUAAACAAAAAUAAUUGUACAACCUUCCGUAAAUGCUUCAAUUAUAGCGUUAAUUUACUUUGGGCGUUAAAUAGAAUUGUCUGUCAUAAUACAAUUUGGAGUGCAUGAGGAAGUGGAAAGUAAUAACUCUAAAAUACCAUUAAAAGGUGACGUGUGGUGAUUUUCAUUUAAAAAAACUUCCAAAAUGUUCCAUUCUGAAGGCCUUCCCAGAUUGCAAAUGAAACCACGCCCCACCCUCUAUAAAAGUAUAAUAAUUUAUAUUCAAAAAAUGUACACUGAAAAUGGAUGAAUGGAUGUUUAAAUAUAUAUCCCAAAGACAUAGCCGCAAUUUUUCCCCCAGUUAAAAAAAAACUUCAUAAACUUAUAGACUCACCCGGUCACAACAUCAGGUACACCUGCACAUGCUUUUACAGGCUCUCUGCAGGUUUCAACAUGUCACAUUUAAGACUUAUAAGACUUUUUUAAGACCAUCUUGAAAAUAAUUUAAGGCCAUUUCACAUCCAUACGGACAAAAAAUACAAAGAAAAUCAGAGGUCUAAAAUAAAUGUUAAGUAUAUGAAUUCAUUCGCUGCUCUUUCACAUUGGAAAACAAAAUGAUUAAACUAACUAAAUACACCAGGAGCUUCUCUAGUGUAAACUAAUUGAAAAAAAUAUUAGCAAACAUCGUAACAGCCAAUUUUCAGAUUUGCCAUAGAAGUGUUUUCUUGCAGAAGGUGCAGUGUCCUUCAUAUCAAGUGUUUUCAUGUAACAUCAACAUCAGCAAAGGUAGAGGAAAGCACAACAAUAUAUUGUCUGUGAAAGGGACAGUUAGCAUCUCUGCUAAAGCUAAAUGGUUAACUUUGGUAAUGUUUUUUGGGCUGUCAGAAUUGAGCAAACCGAUAAAAACAUCUACAGCACUACUGUAUCUGCACAAAAACAGUCUGUGCAGACAGAGUGAUUGUCUAAAAAGACGGAAGGCGAUUAUGGCUUGCAAGCCUCAAACAGAAUUUGGAUGUAAAUAAUGUGGAUAACAUUCAAAUGUGCUCAGCUCGUUUUGUAUAUGGUGUGACUUUUUUGAAAACAUAUUGCUAAUACACAAGGAUAAGUUUUAAUGUAGGCAUGACAAGAUGACAUUCACAAAUCUCCAUUGCUUUCCUCACCCCACAAUAAGAUGAGUGUAAACCAGGGGCCUCAGACACACGGCCCGCACCUUAAUAUGAAAAUUUAAUGUUAGUGCGGCCCGCGAGUUUUAUAUGAAUGCCGCUUGACAGCGUCACACUUGCCAACCCUCCCAAUUUUUCCGGGAGACUCUCGAAUUUCAGGGCAACCAUUCUCUCGAAUGUCUACCGAUUUUCAC